AUGGUCGCUCCUGUAGAGCAAGCGGUUAUCAUGGACGGCUUCCAUAUAUACACAUCAGAUAACGACACAUUGGACGACGCGGGUUCGGGUGACUAUGACUCCAUGAAGGAGCCCUGCUUCAGAGACGAGAAUGCCCAUUUCAACCGGAUCUUCCUGCCCACCAUCUACUCCAUCAUCUUCUUGACGGGCAUCGUGGGCAAUGGCUUGGUCAUCCUGGUCAUGGGCUACCAGAAGAAACUGAGAAGCAUGACAGACAAGUACAGACUACACCUGUCGGUGGCAGACCUCCUCUUUGUGCUCACUCUUCCCUUCUGGGCAGUUGAUGCUGUGGCAAACUGGUACUUUGGAAAGUUCCUGUGCAAGGCUGUCCAUGUCAUCUACACAGUCAACCUCUACAGCAGUGUCCUCAUCCUGGCCUUCAUCAGCCUGGACCGCUACCUGGCCAUUGUCCACGCCACCAACAGCCAGAGGCCAAGGAAGCUGUUAGCUGAAAAGGUGGUCUACGUUGGUGUCUGGAUACCUGCUCUCCUGCUGGCUAUUCCCGAUUUCAUCUUUGCCAACGUCAGGGAUGGGGGUGACAGGUAUAUUUGUGACCGCUUCUACCCCAGUGACGUGUGGCUGGUGGUGUUCCAGUUUCAGCAUAUCGUGGUCGGCCUUGUCCUGCCGGGUAUCGUCAUCCUAUCCUGCUACUGCAUCAUCAUCUCCAAGCUGUCCCACUCCAAGGGCUACCAGAAGCGCAAGGCCCUCAAGACCACCGUCAUCCUCAUCCUGACUUUCUUUGCCUGCUGGCUGCCCUACUACAUCGGGCUCAGCAUCGACUCCUUCAUCCUCCUGGAAAUCAUCAAGCAAGGAUGUGAGUUCGAGAACACUGUGCACAAGUGGAUUUCCAUCACCGAGGCCCUGGCCUUUUUCCACUGCUGCCUGAAUCCCAUCCUCUAUGCCUUCCUCGGAGCCAAAUUUAAAACUUCCGCCCAGCAUGCACUCACCUCCGUGAGCAGAGGGUCCAGCCUCAAGAUUCUCUCCAAGGGAAAGCGGGGCGGACAUUCUUCUGUUUCCACUGAGUCCGAGUCUUCAAGUUUCCACUCCAGCUAA